GAUGCCAGGUCGCAGCACGACCGCGCUCAGCCAUCUAAAGACGUCCAGUAUGCGAUACACUCUACUCAUCGUGAUUUUGUUGUUGCUGUCUUCCGUUUGGAUUGGUGGGGUUCUUAUUUUGGUUAGAGUCCAGAAAAUGACGUCAUCGAGAACGAAAGCCGACCUCUGCUGUGUCAAGCGAGCGAUACUCCAAAUUUCGAAGUAUAUCCAUCAUACUUGGACAAGAUCAGCACUCUACCCAAACGGCCCUCGACCGCUACCGUUCCUGGGAAACAUCAUUUCACUUUCGAAAAUUGCCAGAGGAGGGGACGCGGAGCUACUCCGAAUCGCAGCAAGAGAUGGAGAUUUGGGGAUGUUUUGGCUCGGUACGAAACCGAUCGCAAUCGUCAAUUCUCCCCAAACCGUAAAGGACCUCUUAGAUCGAAGGGGCUCAAUUUAUUCAUCGCGGCCACUUCAAAAGUUCCGCAUGGAGGCCUGGCCCUGGAGACUUGUCAUUACUCCUGCUGGAGAAUCUUUCCAGUUUCUCAGGAGGAUAUACCAUCAACUACUCAGUCCUCACUAUUCACUGAGGCAGCAAAAGUAUCAGGAUUUCGAGUCCCAGGUCCUGCUUAAGACACUCCUCGAUCAGCCAGAGCAGUUCAUGAGGUCCACGCAAAGCUUCGCGACUAGUGUAAUUCUCAGUGCUUGUUACGGAGUACGGCUGGACCAAAUCCACCAUCCGGUUGUGAAGGAGCUGUACUCUAUAUGGGAUUCUAUGCUGAUAUAUUUCCAACCAGGAUCGCUACUGAUCGAUUUUGUACCUUGGCUCGAAUACCUGCCGAAAUUUCUACAACCCUGGAGGAGGACUUCGUCCCAGUUACGGGCACGCGAGCUAAGGAUCUACGGGUCUCUUUUUUGCGCGCUGAAACGGCGAAUAGAAACUGAAGGUGUCGCCGAUUGUUUCGGUUCCGUACUCCUCAAGAUUCAAGAACAAGAGCGAUUUGACGACGAAAGGGCUUGCGACAUUCUUGCCAUGCUGAUCGGAGCAGGGUCCGACACAACAUCUUCGUAUCUCCAGACCUUCUUUAAAGUAAUGGCAUUGCAUCCAGAAGUUGUAGCUAAAGCUCAGAAGGAAAUCGACCGAGUUGUAGGGCCGGCUCGAUUGCCAGGCUGGACGGAUGAGCCUUCCUUACCGUACCUGCGCGCCAUCAUUAAGGAGGUUCACCGAUGGGCCCCAAUUGGCGGUCUUGGAGUGCCACAUACCGCCACUAAAGACGACAUCUAUAAUGGCCGACUCAUACCGGCGGGGACUGUCGUGUUUCCUAAUCUCCCUGCCCUUAGCCGCAGUCGCAUGCGAUAUGAUGAGCCUGAAAAGUUUACACCAGAGCGCUUCAUUGCAGAUGACCAAGACGCAGCUACCGCGGCGGUAAAUCCCGAUUUUACGAAAAGAGAUCAUUUCCAUUACGGAUUUGGACGGAGACUUUGCCAAGGCAUUCGUAUGGCAGAGUCAAAUUUGUUCAUCACUGUCUCCCGGGUGUUAUGGGGGUUUGAAAUCGAGCUGGAUCCUCAUGCGCCUUCGCUUGAUAUGAAUGCAAAGAUAGCCGGGCUUGUUAACAAGCCAAAACCCUACAUGCUCUCCAUUCAGUGUCGGGGACCUGUUUUCGAAGACACGAUUAGGCGAAAUGUGGACCAUGCCAGCACCGAUGCUGUGCCGCUGAGCUCAAUGACAUUGGAUGUAGACGUAUAUUGAGCAACGCCGGGUUCUGCAUAAUUUGACGCUUGGUUUAUCUUCGAUGUUUGAGGUUAUGCAUGCAGGUGCUGCAGUGCUCGGGUCCAGCUUACCGUAACACAAAGUGC